GUCCAUAAUACCUUUAUUAAUUAUUGUUAGCAUAGUGCUAACACAUAGGGUGUUAAUACUCUAUACGAUCCCCGAGGUAUAGGUAAUAUGUUGAGAGGAGGUAAAGAACUACGCAUGUUGCAUAAAAUGAAGAACCGAAAAGUAUUAUUAUUAUUAUUAUUAUUAUUUACUCAAAAGUCAAAAGUAUUGUAGUCAAAACUGAAAUUUACAAUUUUACACUUUUAUAUUUUUUAGGUUAUCAAAACGCUUCUACGUAGAAUCGUACUGUUCACUUACAAUUGUAGUAAAAAUCUACACUUUAAAAAUUAAAAAAAAAACUUACAUUUUGAUACUUCUAGAUCUCCAAAACGCUUAAAAAAAUGAUGAAUGCUCUGCCCUCUCUCCUAUGGAAAAUCAUAGGAACACUCGGGGCAAGUUUCAUCAUCGCCUCCAUUUGGUUUUCGAAGGAUGAAGCCAUGGAGGGAUUAGCGAUGAUGGAGCGUCGGGUGAGAUGGCUUUGGGAAGGAGUGUUGAAGCGGUGGGGUGCGUUCUGGCACACCGAUGGCCCUAUGCUGCGCACGGCGGCGAAGCAACGCUGGCUGGAAGACGCACGGGGCGGGGAGAUUUUGAUGGCUGAUGCUCGAUGUGGGCAGGCUAGUGAUCCUCGAAUGGAGGUUAGGGACCGGCAAUGGUGCCGUUGGAAAGCAAAUGUCAUGUCAUUGAUUAGAAGUAAGAUUCAAAUCCGGCGAUCAACGUUACACCCUGAUGGGGUAUGGGGCCGGAUUGACGACCAGAGCACAAUUCCGGUGACUGGCGGUGGUGAUUGGGCUCUGGAGCUGACGUGGAGCGGUUGGCGGAGAAUCCGCAGCAUCCGAUUUGAUGGAGAUAUUGAUAAUAUUGAGAAUUGUAAUUUUGAAAUCCGGAAGAAGAUAUACCUCAACCGAAAUCAGUUGGGGGGUUGGGAUGAUGAUAAAGACAAAUCAAAGUGUUUUUCUGUUACACAAAUAAACCCGGUGGCUAUCCUCCAGGAUUCUACCAGGUUUCCUACAUGGGAAAGGACGCUAGGAGUCCCUUUAAAUUUGGCCGAAGUGUACAGCAACCUAUUCGUACAAAAAAGAUACAAGGGUUGGCUGGUGAACUGCCUACAGAGAUUGAGAUUUGGCCGAGUGCUUACCUUCUCAGUGCGAUUGAGUGUGGGUGCCUCGAAGCCCAAGAACAACAUCGAACAGCAGGGACUAUGGACAAUGGCGGAUUCGAGCAUUUGCCAAGACCAAAUAGUGGAAUUUUCCACUGAAGAUGUUGCUGUGAGUAUGCAGAGGGCGAAGAUGAGUCUGCUAGGGAGGCUCUUCAUUGAGAACCGACCGAGCCUCUCGGUUAUUCACAAGAUUGUAACGAAUGCCUGGGAAUGCCGGAAGAAGGUGCAGGUGCUGGAGGCGGAGAUGGGGCUACUCCAAUUCUUGUUCGAUGAUGCGGAAGAUAUGGAAUGGGUGUUGAAGCGUACGCCCUGGCCGGUGAAGGAUCGGGUUCUGCAGCUCCAGCAAUGGGCACCGGUUACGGAGGAGGUGUUUGACUCCCUAGGAUUUGCGCCAUUCGGGGUGCAGAUGUGGGGAAUCCCAUCUCACUGCCGCACUAUUGCAUUUGGGAGAAGGGUUGCGGAGAUGAAGUUGGGCGAGGUGCUUGAUGUUGGACUGUUCGGCAUCAAAGGAGAAUCGGAUCAGUUCGUUAAAGCUCGAGUGAAGAUCAAUGUUCUGGAGCCGCUACGAUUGCAAGUUUGGGCGAGCAAUGACGUUGCUGGAAAGUUCUGGGUGAUUUUCGCCUAUGAGUUCCUUCCCCUUUUCUGCUUUCAUUGUGGCAGGUUGGGGCAUAUGGAAAGAAAUUGUGUGUACCCGGCGCCGAUUGGAGAAGAGAGGUAUAGUCAAGAAAUGGCGACUACAGAGGUGGGUUUUCGUCUCAACGAAGAGACACUCAAAGCGGCCCAAUUCAUUGCCCCGCCGUUGCCGCAGUCUGUGUGGGUUAAUCCCAAAACUAAGGGGCAGCUGGCCGCUAGUUUGGUGACGGCUCGCGGUGAGAAACGGAAGCCGGAGGAGAAGGGGGUUUGGCGGGAGACGGUCUUGGCUGUACCUGCAGGUGGAGAACGCGAUCCAAAAGGCUCGCAGGAGAAGACGCAAGGUGCUGGGAGCCGGGAAUCGAAUCGGCAGGGGGGAACAACUGGCUCUCUAAAGACUGGCCGUGGGUCUCAGGCGGAGGAGACGGGGAGUCGGCCGAGGAUGGCGAGGCAGCCCAAGGCCCCAACCUCCAGUGCUCGCGGGAAGCACCCAUCAACCAUUGGGGGCGAGCCGAUAUGGCGGUGAUGGAGAUGGGGGAUGGAGCGAAGGGCGGAGUAAAAGGGAAGCAAAUGC